AUGGACAAUGUGUGCAAUGGUACGGUUUUAAUUGUGACAGAUUCUCCUUCAAGCCUCCUGUCGUUGGACUCCAUUGCAUUUUCUGUCGAUAAUUCGCACGAAACACCGCUUUCAGAAGAAUGGGACCUGCUGUCGGAGCAAGCCAGAGACAUUCUCAGUUCAAAUGGUGGAUUGAUUCAAGGCGCGAGUUGGCUAUCGUAUGACGCAAUUCCUAGUUUGUCAAACACACUUUUCUCGCUCUGGAGGAUUUGCAGCUCCCUGAACACAUCAACGUCUCUAGAUCCUGUCCUUCCACCACCACGACUACGUCAACGUUUGGAUAGCGGUUUUCAUCCACAUCCUCGCAAUGCCCCCCUUCCACCGCUCGGGUUGAUGUAUAAAGAAGGUUGGGAAGAUUAUGCGCUCAUAAAUGUGCCUUUCGUUUUCGGGAAGCUGGUUGUUGCCGAUUUUGGUGCGGCUGCACGUUCUGCACACGAUGUACCUCCACUCACUCCCGCUUAUUGGCCUGGAUGCGUCAAAGGAAUGGUGGGAGUUAACUAG